AUGGAGGCUAAUUUUGCAGCCUACGAUGUUGAGCUGAUCUUGUGGGACUAUCGUGGAUCCUCUGGGGAGCCUCAACAACAUCAUGAUGCUGACGAGGCAGAGAAGAGUCUCUCCAGAUCAGAACACCUCAAGAAACACCAGCGGAAACCCACAGGAAAGAAAUCUCACCACUGCUCUGACUGUGGGAAAAGUUAUUUAAGAUCAGAUUCACAAAAAAUACACCAGAGAAUACAAACUGUAGAGAAAUCUUACAGACCUUAUAACUGUUAUCAGUGUGGGAAGAGUUUUACUUCAUCUAGCCAUCUGACUGUACACCAGAGAACACACACAGGAGAGAAACCUUAUAGCUGUGAUCAAUGUGGGAAGAGUUUUGUUACAUCUAGCAGUCUGACCAUACACCAGAGAACACACACAGGAGAGAGACCUUACCACUGCUCUGACUGUGGAAAGAGUUUUGUUAUCUCAGGAAAUUUAACAUCACACCAGAGAACACACACAGGAGAGAAGCCUUAUAGCUGUAAUCAAUGUGGGAAGAAUUUUUCUCACUCAGGCAACCUGAUAGCACACCUGAGAAUACACACUGGAGAGAAACCUCAUUGCUGCUCUGACUGUGGGAAGAGAUUCAUCUUUUUAGCAGAUCUUAAAAUACAUCAGAGAAUCCAUACAGGAGAAAAACCUUACCAUUGCUCUGACUGUGAAAAUAGUUUUGUUUCAUCAAGACAUUUAAAAUCACACCAGAGAACACACACAGGAGAGAAGCCUUAUAGCUGUGAUCAAUGUGGGAAGAGUUUUGUUACAUCUAGCAGCCUGAAAACACACCAGAGGACACACACAGGAGAUAAACCUUAUAGCUGUGAUCAAUGUGGGAAGAGUUUUGUUACAUCUAGCAGUCUGACUAUGCACCAGCGGACACACACAGGAGAGAAACCUUAUAGCUGUAGUCAAUGUGACAUGAGAUACUCUGCUAAAAGAUCUCUGAUCAAACAUCAGAAAAUACAUACAUGAAGUUGUUUCAUGAUAUCAAUGAAAUAAUGUCACAAUGUAGAAUGUUUUAACAUUGUAGUAGGAGUAUUUUAAUGAUGUUCUGUUGAUUUAAGUGUCAUAUGGAUAUUAGCCUCAUCAGGGGAAAAUCCAGGCUCUGAAUUGAAAGAUUACUAUUUUACCAAAGAAGUGUUGUGUUACACUUACCUCGUUGGUGACCCACUUGAAUUAAAAUGCAUCACUUCAAAAUGUAGCUAGCUGUUUGCUACAAAUUGUCCUCUGACCAGUGAUGUACACAUUAUUCCCAGAUUCCGUGUGGUUUUUGAGCUGUUAGUUUCAUUUUGGAGACAUAUAAUUUAAACGCAUCACUCCAAAAUGUAGCGUACUGUCUUCUGCAGGUUGUCCUCUAACCAGUGAGGUAGAAGAUAUCUC